AUGAAGUCGGUCAACCUAUUGGAGGGGACCUCGGCCGACGACACAGUCAGGCUUCACGAGGUGGCUAAAACCAUCUACAAAGCAAGAAAAUCCGUGAUAUUAACUGGUGCUGGAAUCUCGUGCAAUGCAGGCAUUCCGGAUUUCAGAUCAGACGAUGGGUUGUACAAUAUAGUCAAAGCAAAGUACCCCCAGAGCUUCAUCAAAGGCCAGGAUUUGUUUGAUAUUUCUCUCUUCAGAAACCAAGAGACUCUUCUGAUAUUUUGCACAUUCAUGGAGGGCCUUUAUAAGCACUCUUUGGCAGCCAAAGCAACCGAGACCCACCGCUUCAUCAAAACCUUGAAGGACAAGAACAAGCUCUUGCGUUGUUACACACAAAACAUAGAUAGCCUCGAAAAGAGAAUCAAUCUUAACUGUGGUAUCGACCCACAGGAAUUCAAUGAAAUCGAUAAUGGCGCUGGCAAGCUGUUUCGGGAAAACUGGAAGUCUCUUGACGUUGUCCAACUCCACGGCAACCUUCACAAACUUCUGUGUACCCAGUGCUUCAAGCACUACGACUGGACUCCUGAUGCCCAACAGAAACUUGAGCAAGGUGAGAACCCUGAGUGUGAGAACUGUUACCUCAAGUACCAGGAGAGACUCUACUCGGGUAAACGUCUUACGGGAAGCAUAGGAGUAUUGAGACCGGAUAUCGUCUUGUACGGUGAAAACCAUCCCCAGUCAGAAAUGCUUACGAGGGGACUCAACAUCGACCUCAGCUUUAAGAGUGACUGUCUACUUAUAAUGGGUACAUCACUUAAAGUAGAUGGAGUCAAAAAAUUGGUCAGAAGUUUGGCCAAAGCGAUUCACGAUAGAGGCGGAAAAGUCAUUUUCAUCAAUAAGCUGCCCUUACCAAAGCAAUGGACUAGUUUGGUUGACUACGAGGUGCUCAGUGAUUGUGACGAUUUCGUCAGACAGCUCAAGAGAGAAAUUCCAGAUUUGUUCUUGACACAAGAGCAGCUCGACUCCAAGAAGCUCAAAUACUCUACAAUGACACCAAAAUCUAUUAAGAAGGAGGUUCUUCUUGAUAUCAAGAAGGAGGCUAUUGCCACGAUGCAAAACAUCAAGCAAGAGCUCAAACAGGAGAGUUCGGAACCUGAGGUCAAGAACGAUGACGCCGAGCUCCUCACUCCUCCCACGACGCCAAGCAAGCAAAGGACAAUACUUCUACCGAAGACUCGUCCAUCGCUCAAAAGGAAGAAUUCCGGAUCUGUCAAAAGAUUACCCACACCUGCUUCAAGUUUCUGUGAGCCCAUCAAAGUUGAAUCCGACAGUGAGGUAGAGACAGAAGACGACGCUCCGCUUCAAGAUAUUAGUGAGUCGAGGCUCAACAGCGGGGUCAAGAGAAUAAUCAAACAAGAGAGCGAGGGAAGUGCUAAGCGCUUGAAAGCCUAG